GGAGAGGAGAGAGAAAGAGAAAGAGAAGAAGGGGGAAAAGAAACAUUUCUGUCUCUGUUGACACUUCAUGGGGAUGUGUUCGCGGCAGGAGCGGAUACAGGCAGACAUAGAACACGUCCUACAGAGGUGCAAAGCGGACAAGGACUGCCUGUUUUCCGAUUUCAGAUACACGGAUUCCACCUUUACAUUCACAUACACAAGAGGAUCAAAGAGGAAGACAGGACUUCAGUUUAAUGUCUCAUCUGAUGGACGGUACCUGCGACAAUGGAACGGUCCCCAGAGAGUGUCCUAUUCAGUCCAUGUGUCGGAAGAUUACCCAGACAAUACAUAUGUGUCCAAUUCCGAGAAUGAUGAUGACGUGCUAGUCACAAGAGAUCCCAUUCCAGUCAUUUUCCAAAGAAUAACAACAGAAUUAAGGUUCCAUAAUGAUGCCACUAGUUGCCUGUCGGUCAGAACAAAACUGCACAACGAGAGGGGUCUGGAAUCAAGACAUAACAGCACGAUAGAGGAAGAUUCAGAAGGAGACAAUGACUCAGAAGAGUUCUAUUAUGUGGGUCAGGGAAACUUUGAUGGUGAGCUUCACAAGCACUUGCAACUGGAAGCUGAUCUGGCAGCUGUGAGAGAGAUCUACGGACCUGGGGCAGUAUCCCUCAGGGAGUAUGGCGCAAUUGACGAUGUGGAUAUCGACUUGCAUAUUGAUGUCAGCUUUCUCGAUGAUGAGAUUGCUAUUGCAUGGGACGUAAUUCGGACAGAACCCGUAAUAGUGCGAUUGCACUGCUCUCUCACACAGUAUCUGAAUGGCCCAGUACCAACAGUUGAUGUUUUCCAGACAUCAACGAAGGAACGCUUUGGACUUGGACAUCAAUUGAAAAAAAUUAUGCAGACAUUUGUUACACAGCAGUGGAAGCAGAACAGCAAGGAGAAACUCAACUGCUCUCAUGGGAAAAAGCUGAGUGAGAAGAAGGUGAAAUCCCCUCUGCACAUUUUUUCAACACUGCGCAGGUCGCCAAGUUACCCUCCACCAGGAUGUGGCAAAAGCAAGACAAAGUUCAAACCGGAGCAAGAUGGGGUUUCCAAGUCACAGAAACUGUUAAAGAGGACCUGUUCCAACACCGUCAAGGUAGAAGACGGUUGCGAGUCCAAGCCUCACAAGCCAAUGGGUCGCUCACUCUCGGGUGACCCUAGAGCCGAGCUGGCUGUUCCUACAAAGCCACACAAACUCUUAAGCCGGCCAUGUUCUGCUACCGUGAGGCUAGACGAAAAUAUUCCUUUGAAGUCCCACAAGAUACUGAGUAGAACAUGUUCUAGUGACCCCAGAUGUGAGCACAACAGCACCCCCAAGGCACAUAAGUUGUUGAACAGGUCCUGUUCGGGCACUGUGAAGGCAGAGGAAUCGGAUGGGUUGAAGCAUCACAAACUGCUGAGCAGGUCCUUCUCCAGCAAUGCCAAAGUGGGUAAAACGGAGCCGUGCAAAGAGCCUGCUUCUGAGGGCAGAAGACUCUCACUUACCUCAGGUCUUAUUGGCAUAUUAGCACCUUCCACUUCAUCACAGCCCACCCCUGGAUAUAACGCAAAAACACUACCACCGAGAGAACAUGGCUUCCUUGUACAGACUAUUGAGCAUGCAGAGCAGCGGAUCCCAGUGCUGAAUGAGUACUGCGUGGUAUGUGAUGAGCCUCACGUCUUUCAAAACGGGCCAAUGCUUCGACCCACGGUGUGUGAGCGGGAGUUGUGCGUAUUUGCUUUCCAGACUCUGGGAGUAAUGAACGAAGCUGCAGAUGAAAUAGCCACAGGGGCUCAGGUUGUGGAUUUAUUGGUGUCCAUGUGCAGAUCGGCUCUGGAAUCUCCCAGAAAGGUUGUCAUUUUUGAGCCAUAUCCAUCAGUGGUGGAUCCCCUUGAUCCUCGGAGCCUAGCAUUUAACCCGCGGAAAAAAGACUAUGAACGUUUAGUUAAAGCACUGGAUAGCAUCACAUCCAUCAGGGAAAUGACCCAGGCACCAUACUUGGAAAUCAAGAAGCAGAUGGAUAAGCAAGAUCCUCUGGCACAUCCUUUGUUACAAUGGAUUAUUUCCAGUAACAGGUCCCACAUUGUAAAGUUACCUGUAAAUAGGCAACUGAAGUUCAUGCACACCCCGCAUCAGUUCCUGCUCCUCAGCAGUCCACCGGCCAAAGAAUCCAAUUUCAGGGCAGCAAAGAAACUUUACGGGAGCACCUUUGCAUUUCAUGGCUCACACAUAGAGAACUGGCACUCAAUUUUAAGGAACGGUUUAAUUGUUGCAUCAAACACAAGAUUACAGCUCCAUGGUGCAGUGUAUGGAAAUGGCAUCUACCUUAGCCCAUUGUCAAGUAUUUCUUUUGGUUACUCAGGGAUGAAUAAAAAGCAGCAGAAGGUAGCGUCCAAGGAUGAACAACCUUCAAACAAUAAAGCAGCCACUUUGCAGUCACAGAAAAAAGGACAGCAGCCCCAGUUUUUGCAGAGUCGUAACCUGAAGUGUAUAGCCUUAUGUGAAGCAAUUACUUCACCAGAUUUGCACAAACAUGGAGAAAUUUGGGUAGUUCCACAAACAGAACACGUCUGCACAAGGUUCUUCUUUGUAUAUGAAGACGGCCAAGUGGGCGACACCAAUAUAAACACACAGGAAUCCAGCAUUCAUAAAGAAAUCCUGCGGGUCAUUGGAAAUCAGACAGCAACAGGUUGAAAGAAUCACAUGCCACCACUGACUGGAUCAGAACACCUUUUCUGGCUUUGAAGCUGCAGUGCAGUUUUGAACAAAAUGUAACAACAACCUAAUUUCAAUUGCACACAACAUAAGGUUUUGAAUAAGGCACUACUUUCAUUUUCCAGAUCUCUUGUCUGAACCAUUUUAGUAAUUGACACGUCUCAACGUGGCGGUGUUGUCGCAACAUUCAAUAAGACUUUGUUACAGUAAGAUCUCCUGGAAAAGAUGGGUGGCCCCGGUUUUAUUCAGCAUAGGCACUGAUGGAAAAUUGAGAGCAGGAUCGGCAGAGUAGUGGCCGAGUUAUGCUCUGGUGCUAAUUUUGGUGAACCCGAGAGUCUUGGCAAAGCGCAGAGCAAUGUAAAAGCUGUGGCAAUUGACUUGAAAAUGCAGUUUACAACGCUACGUAUCCACUGAUCUGACGUGUAGGAACACUGAAGAGGAAUGAUGUACCACAAGCACGAAGUGACUUAAUGAGUCAUUUCCUCCCACUGUUUAUGAAAGUUUUUUUUACGCAGUUAUUUAAAAUGUUUUGGAAUUGCUAAUAUAGUGUCCCUUUGGGAACAGAAGUCUGUGCUUUUAAAGUCAGUGUGUGCCAUAGUAUCCUGGCUGUGCCAGCCAAACCAUGGUCUUACGUGUGUCUUAAUAAAUUUUAAAAUCAUAAUCUACAAUGGUAAAAAAAUUAUUUUUAAAUGAAAUAGCUGCCUGAGGUGCUUUGAGUGCAGCUUAAUUUGAACCAAACCCCAUCUAAUGGGCUCUGGCGAGGCCAACUUUCACGUUCGAGACUUACAUUUUUCUCUUUUAAGCUGUGUCCUACACAGGAGCCAUCACUCCUAAAAACAGAGUAGUAAAACCGGGGCCAGUAGCGUAUGUAAGAAGCCGAAGUGAGGUAUGCAAAAUGUCACAGUGUUCUUGGUUUUUAGCGGAGUACGGAACCGGAUUCCAGCACACAGAGACGGCACCAACGAAAAUGGGAAUUCUGAUAUAUUGAAAUGAUUUAAAACAUUUUUGAAGAAAGUGACAUAUUUCUGCUCGAAGAAAAUAAGGAAUCGGUCUUCAAUGCUAACUCUUCGAAUGGAAAGGAACAAGUUAUGGUACGGUUGGACUGUUUUACCACUGUAUCCAGCUGAUGAAGCAUAUUCCUUGCAGACAGCACACUCUUUUGUAGUUUUCUCAGUGGGACAAAUGCAAUCAAGAGAGCACUCGCUCUUAAACCUUUUCAGUUCUCUCACUGAUGAACUCCCGACUGAUUACAUUUCUACAUUGAGAUUUGAAUGCUGGCUUUUUGGGGGGGAUGGGUAUUAUUUAAAAAAAAAGAACAAAAAAAUAAAAAAACGCCCAUGAGAUUUUUAGAAACUAUUUUGAUCUAAUAUUAUAUGAUCUUUGACUAAAGCAUGUGAAUGUGACCAGGUGACAUUGAUUUGAUGGCAUCAUCGUCACGCAACGGAAUAAUUGGCUUCUGUUUUCAAACAAAUUCAUUUUGCAAGAACCAAUUGUAAUGAAGUAUGCAACAUGAAGUGUCAAUUUGAAUCAUCCAACUCCAUUUGCAAUCCACCAUGUAUGAAUGAUGAUAAUUUUAAUGACUACUCUUAUUUCAGCGCUUUGGGGGGGUGGAAGAGAAAAAACAGGUUCAUGUUUAAUAUUGUGUGGACAUAUUGAAUUGCAGAGGAACUGCAGCUGAACAGAUGUAUUCAGCCCAUGUUACUGUACGCAUGUUCAAACUGUGCUGAAAAGGGAUGGUAACACGAAGAGAGCAUUGCAGUUUAUGUAUUUUUCAUUAAAAAUAUUUCCGAGUCAAAGAAGGUAACCGAGACACAAGCACAAAGACACUUUGGGACACUUGCUGCACCACUUUCUUUAUCAAAAACAGUCCAGAGUCAACCUGGAGUUUAGAGUUCUAAUUUUGGAAUUUGUCACAAAAUGUGCCCAGCUUCACUUCCUGUUUGCUGACUCCAUUCAUUCAGUGACCCUGAGUUUAGUUUCAGAUGGUUUACAAACAUAAUCAGGUAUGGAUCA